ACUAUUUUCCCAGGAUGAAGAAGAACUUGAGAGAAAUGCUCCUGAUAAUCUUUCCCCCAGACAUGCUAUAGAGCAGGAAAUUCAUCAGAGAGAAAAUGAUGUCGAUGCCCUCGUCUAUGCCAUAUUAUGACAGCGCCGAAGUGGGAGACAUUUUAGGUGGAUCGUGGUCCUGGAAGAGGCUAUCAUCCUGGCAGCCGACGUUCUGGCUGAAUUGCAGUGAUCAUGUGGCGAACAAGAAGAGCAGCUAUUUUAAGGCAUUGGUUCAUCUUUUGGCAUCAUCAUUCAGUGCGUUGUUGAAGAACUACGCAUUCUGGUGAUUAACUAGUGGUGAUCACUUUCAUUUCAAGCACUUAAGUAAAGGUCACGGGGAUGCUUUGGUUGUAGGGCAAGUAGUCAUUGGGUCAAGCCAGUAGGAUGAUGAGACGCAAAUACCACUAACUUUGCGGGCGGCACGAAGAGUCGUACUAGUUUCUUUUCGUCGCACGAUCAAGGCCACUGGGAUCAUGUCGACCUCAGAGGCUGGUGGGCAUCAAAGCCAAGUAAUUUUUUUCAGCAUGAUGAGCAUGUCUAUUCGUGGCAGAGACAGAAGAAGAGACGCCUUACCUUUGAUGGUCAAGUCAUGCAUGGGAAAGGAGACGAACACGCCGCUGGUGCAUGUGCAUCAUCUUUCGUAGAAGAUCAUGAAGGACAAGUAGUUCAAGAAAAGGCUCUCGGGUCAGAUGGAGAUUCUUAUCCUGUUACUGACUUGGAGAAGUAUGGACCUGGUUUUUUUGGCAAGUCUGGAAGUAGUGGACAACACAAGAUUAUGGUCAGCCUUUGUUCAUGUUCAUCAUCUUAUUUCCCAGCAUCUCUUCGAUGCUACACCUUUGCUCGUCCUGUAGAAGAAAACACCCAAGGAGGAGAUAAGGCUUCCUCACUUUCUGAGCCUAUUCCUUGGUCGUACUUUUUUCCCACGAGCACGAAAUAGAAGGGAAACAAAUAGACUCCAGACGUAAAUCGAUUGGUUGUAGGAUAGAGAUCGAAAUGAAUCCAACAGGUACACUUCUAAUAAGGGAUCCCAAGAUCUUCGUUUCGAGAAUGGAUACGUAGAACAUAGAGUCCAUGCCUACGAUCCUCGAGCCUCUGCGCUAGACGAACUACGAAGAAAGGCGGCCGAAAUGAAAAAAGCAGCUGUUGCCGGAUCCUCGACAAGCAGUGCGGCAUCUGGAACAAAUUAAGGCAGUUCAACAAGAAGAUCGCUUCGUGGCUACAACUUUCCAUUUCGUUAUUUAUCCAGUGAUGUAGAUAAAAAGCCAGGCUAUUUCUAGUUCUGAUGAUCAUUUCCGAGGUGAAAGAAGAUCAAGCGGCUUCAUCAUUAUCAUGAUCAUUAUCAUUAUCAUCAUCAUUAUCAUUAUCAUAUUUGGUAUACCUGACCUUUUUAAUUUUUGUUUGCUAGUUAGGAGUGCUCCACCGAUAUCAUUAUCUGCAGAAUUUUAGAGCGUAACGCGAUAGGAAUAAACAUCCGUCACCGUUUUAGUUGUGUUUAUUCCUAUCCUGACACCGAGCGUCCCCGACGAUAGAGAGAAACGCGACGGGAGGAAUCAACGACGCCCCGAAUUGUGAAAAUCGUGCGCAGUUUUGCCUGUUCUGUGUGUUUAUUCCUAUCCCGAGAAAAGUUUCCUAGAUCGUGUUUUCGUCUAUCGUUCUGCAGUCGGUUUAGAGCGAAACUUGUGAAAUGGUUCGAAAUCGCAAAAGAUGCGAAGGUCGUUGGCACAAUUUACGUCGUAGACGGUCGGUUGAGGGUGUUCUGUCGUGCGAGUUGCGCCCAUGGCGUGGUCUGUGUGUUGAGGGUAUUUGUGGCCUUUUAGUCUGCUGAGAGGAUAACUUUUUGAGAGAGUUAAGAGGAUAGCCCGCUGAGGGUAUUGCCGUAGUGUUUCAGCUGUGUUCGGAGGUCGUUGGCACAAUUUGCGUCAUAGGUACUCUGCUCGAAAUGAAAUCUGUCGAGAGUAUUGGGCGGUGAGUCUGUUGAGGGUAUUGCGCUGACUCUGCUCGGAAUGAAAUCCGUCGAGAGUAUUGGACGGCGACUCUGGUGAGGGUAUUGCGCAGCAUGUGAAAGAAGUGCACACGACGCCGAUGGGAGAGAAGUCCACACGACCCAGCGCCAAUCUGUUGGGGCUGUUUUAUUGCGAUCUGUUAGAGGUUCGCCGCGCUUGUCAAAGAGAAGAGACCGGGAGCUGUCUAGUCGAGUGCGGAGCCAUGCUGCAGCUGCUGCAUUGAGGGACGAACCUGCGCGGCUCUAUUCUGUUUGAGAUUUUUGCUGGUUAUCGGUUGAGGCUUUAAGCCAGCCUCGCAAAUUUUGAGAGUUUCGAAUUAGGUAGGCGCCCAGAGGGGUCCACCGUGCGCCCAUCUGUUUGAGCUACUUAGUGGACAGCUGUGGGGGGUUGAGCUGAGCAAAAGUCUGGGCUUUAAAGUUGUUUGCGUUUCGUUAAGUAAUUGAGCGACUAAGACGCGCCGAACGUGACUCGCAGCGCACUGACGUGGCGACAUACUUACUUAGUCCAUCGCUUCUCUUUCCUUCGUUAAGUAAUUGAGCGACUAAGACGCGCCGGACGUGUCUCGCAGCGCACUGGCGUGGCGACGUACUUAGUCCAUCGCUUCUCUUUCAAGUCCAUCCAUGGCGUUGCUGCCCCCCUCCCUCCCCCCCUGUUGCGCAAGCGCGUCGAAGCAUAUGAUUGUAUGACUCGCCCGCGAGUACUAACAAUGCUCAUGAGGUACGCGCCGCAGUCAAAUAAAAGCACACACUUUCGCAGCUGUGAAAAUCUGCAACAUGCAACGCAUUGCCAUCUUGUUCGCCGCCACUGCUCCACACUGCGUUCGCUAGUUCUGUCGUUUCUCAUUGAUUUGGAGCGCAGUUUGUCGCGUGAAUCUGUCGCCGUUCCCUUGAUUGUUCGCUUAAUUAUCCUCAAAUGAUGUCCGUUCGGCCUUAUUUGAUUGUGUUAGAAUUGUAUGAUUGCGACGCAUAUAUUUGCGUCCUUCGCUACUGGUUAACGCUCCGAUUUAUGUUUGGUUCACCUGUUAAUUCCUAUCGUUCCGUUUCCACCUAAAGUUCUGCAUAUCAUCAUCAUCAUCAUCAUCAUCAUCAUCAUCAUGCCUUCGCCUACGUCUAAUACGAUCCAUGACAGCCGACUGAAUGACAUUGACAUCAACGCACAACAUACAAAAGCUUUCCAUCUAAGAUUGUGGAAAGGAUUUGCUAGGUGACGUAGACGCCACGGAGACGCAGCGUGCAGCACAGAGGGAUCGAGAGUUGACAGAAAAACAAAGUGCUGCGAUGCUACGGCAAGGAGGCUGGCUUGGAGGAGGAAUCAGCCUUACAGGCGAAGACUGUCAUCUCAUGUGGUAUUUCUCUCUUACGCUCAUAACUGGCAUGCUUUCUUUUCUUCUAUUUAGGUUUUGUCAUGACAACGCUGGCACAGUGUACGACUGUAGAUUUUCGAUUAAGUUGGGUUCAUGUGUACAUCGCAACAGCAGUGCACUAGUGCAGAUCCUCGUCUCGGCGUUAGGCUCUAGUCACUAUUACCAGCGAGGAUCUCCAUGCUGGUACGAGCGCUAGCAGCACAUUGCAAUGCUGCCACUUAGUGGAGCCACCGUUUUAGAGCCGCAGAGUAUUUAGACAGCGUAUAAGGGGGGGGGGGUGGCAAGCAGCAGCGCACUACCAUGUCGAGGGACUGAAAACCAGAAUAGAAUAUAGUGAGCAAGUGGAUGCAGUAGAGGGGUAAGGUGAAGCUGUUAUCGAGUCUUAGCGUCGUUGUUGUAAAACUAGAGGCGCCCGCGAAGCUUAUACAUAGUGCGUUGAUCUAAGAAGUAAGGUUUGGCACUGGGUAGGAUCUGGGUGGUGAGUUUGGGUUGAGGUGGAUCCAAGAGAUCUAACUUUGAUAUGAUAGCAGUAGUUCCAAAGGAUAGCCAUGACAACGCACAUACUUCAGAAGUAUUCGGUUUGAGCUAGAAACUUUGGAGAUUUGGCCAAACUUUGAACAGCCAAGAUUGAGCUUGAAAGUAGAAUCUCUAAAUUUUCAGUUUUAUGCCAUCUUUUCCAAAUUCAGUUCCUGAUGACUGCUCUUCGUUCCUUUAGUUUGGUAUUAGUCUUGUUCUAUUCUAGACUUCAUGUGAAUUUGAACGUUUGUCCUAGAAUUUCACAAAAUUUUCAGUUAUAUCCCAACUUUAUCGAAUUCAUUUCCUGACGUUCGCAACGAAUCAGCCAGCACUUUUUCAAUUCUCUGCCUCUUUUGGGUACCAGCAAGUGCAUGGACAUUUUUCUUCCUUUCAGGCCGAGGCUCCCCACCUUUGACAAGGAGGUGUAUAUCUGUAUUUCUACCCACUGUAUACCCACUGCAUUCUCCUCACAAUGACGAACGUUUAGUCUCCUUCUUUGCCUGUAAGUUAGCUGUAAAGUAGUGCGGAAUCUGACAUAUCUCCACGCAACGUGACGUUGGUCAUUCAACUGAAUCAGGAGGAGGUGGAUCUUCUUUAGUUGCUUCUACUCCAACGAUAUCGUUGGAAUAGAAGCAUAUCAUGUCUUCACAUCACAACAGCAAAUUUCAUCAUCUUCACAUCGCGACGAACAUCCACAAGGUACUCCUACCAAUGUGGCUGGCGAUCGGGAGACCCUAGUGCAAUAGAUACGAAUGUGAGGCCUCUCGAGGAGUCGGCUUCGAAUUACCUCUCAUCGUUGCAGCAUAAUGGCCAAGAUGGGUCGUCUACCUCGGGAGCAGAAGGAGACGCCUCGAAUGCGAGUACUGAUGUUAAGGCUUCUAUGCAUAGUAAGCUUUUGAGGGGCUACUUACAGUGCCUGGCACAGUAUGGAUGAUGUUUUUUCCAUCUUUCAGAGCAUCGAGGCUCCCCUUAAGCCUAUACGUUUUUAAAUGCAAAGGGAUAGCCGUGAUGGUCUGCCUAGAUGGAAUAGGCACCGUCCAGACCCACACUCUACCCUGUGCGUCGUCAUAGUUCGUUGCAGUAGUUGCUUGAUGUACAUGGAGUACCUCGUAGCCAGUGUUAAUAGAGCCGCCAGUGGAUGUGCAAUGAAUCGGUCCCCUUUGUUGCCCUUCGAUGUAGGUUCCUUGGGGAUUGCAUUGGCACAGCCAGUAUCGAAUUAAUCUCUCAUGUACAAAGAGACUGUCCGAACUUUGCAGUACUACAGUCGUAAAGCUACCUUCUAAUAGUAUAGAGCGUUGUUCCCCUUGAUGUAUGAGUAUUGACUACUAAUGACGAAAAAGCCAUCCCAUCCGCUGCUGCUUUGGCGUCAAGUCAACUGUGGCGCUACCUUCUAAUAAACAUUAACAUUCCAUGUCCAGCUAACUAAGAUAGAGCUAAUCUCCUAUGAACUAAUCUCCUAUGUGGUACUAAGUAGGCUAAGCAGAUUAAGGUAGUUUAUUCGAUGCUGCAAGUACAACUAGAAGUAUAGUCGUUCUCCUUGUUGCAACUUCAUGAUCGUCUAAUUUUUGCAGUGCUGCAUCAUCAAAAAAAGGGCGUCUGGAUAUUGCGGGAGAGUUCUUGAAGGCUCUCCAAGAGCGGCCGCGCGCACCCCUUCAACUGCCAAAGAUUAAGUCUAUACAGAUAUCUCUAAGUAAUCCAGCAUGCAUCUCUUCGUUCUAAUUUAUUCAUCCCUUCUAAUGUAAGGAUUUAGAAGACUCUCAAGCGUCCUAGGUAUACCUCAUUACUCGUCUCUGUUUAUUUUUUCCCUCGUAGUUCCCUUUUCUUCAUGAUCUAUAGGGGAGGAAGAUUCCUCAAGGUCAAGUAAGUAGUAUCUUCAGAUGUAGGAAGCUCCACUUAGAUGUGACUGAAGAGAUUACAGAAGUGCAAGUAGUGAUGAGCUAUCAUGUAAGAUUCAGUCUUUGAGUUCGAGGAUCUUUCUUCACCGAACGGAAAACGAAUUGGGGUAGGGUGCUCUAAGACGAAGACUCCGGAGAGUGGCGCAGAUAAAGUGCCACAGACGGACGACGCGAUGGGAAGCGUGUUGACAACGCAAAUAGGCAAGGACAAAGCAAAGGAUGAUCUAGCGCGUGAGAUGCGAGCUAAAUAUAAGGGAGAAGCAAUGCCUCCAGGGGGGAAGAUGUCAAAAAGAACGAAGCAGCUUUCGUUGCAAGUGCUCUAAUUAGAGCUUCAAGGAUUUGAUUUUUUCUUGGGGACUUCAGCUUUUUUUUGAAAUGUAUGCCUAUGAUGACGAACGUGCUCCGAUUUCGCCACGGCGUGACUAUUUAGUGAUAGACUUAUGCUCUCUCAGCAUCGACUCAACUGUAAUGAAGACGGCUCAUUCUGACAAGCAGGAGCCUUCGAUUGUCUUAUUCCCAAUUAAUUAUGUACGUCUAGCCGACGAGUAUGCAAACAGUAACAGGGUAUACUGGUGGAGGAGCCAGCAGCAGCGACGUACUAUUAUGUCGAGGGAGUAAAAACCAGAGGAGAAUACGGCGAACUAGUGGAGGUAGUAGAGAUGUAAGGUGUAGGGUAAGGCUGUUAUCGAGUCUUAGCGUCGCUGCUAUGAAAGUAGAGGCACACAGGAGGCUGAUAAAUGGGGCGUUGAUCUAAGAAGUAAGGCUUGGCAAUGAGUAGGAUCUGGUGUAGGAGUUUGGAUUGCCGUUGAUCUACGAAGUCUUGUUUUGAUGUGAUAGCGUUAGCCUCAAAUGCUACCCAUAGCCACACAUAUACCGCAGAAGUGUUUGACUUGGGCUAGAAUCUUUGAGGAUUUGACUGAACUUUGGACAUUUGGCCAAACUUUGGGCAUUCAAGUCUAAAGCUGCAAGUAGAAUCUCGAAAUUAUCAGUUUUAUGUCAUCUUUUUCGAAUUCAUAUCUUGCCGUGAGCUUUUCGUUUCUUCUGUUUGGAGUUAAACUGUUCUAGCCUAGAUUUCGUUUGAGUUGGAGCUUUUCGUCUAAAGUUUCACACUUGAAAACCUAAAAUUUCACAAAAUUUUCAGUUAUAUCUCAUCUUUAUCAAAUUCAAUUUCUGCCGUUCGCAAAGAAUCAACUAAAACUUCUUCGAUUCUUUGCUUCUUUUGGGUGCCGGUAGAUGCACGACUAUGCUUCAUACUUUCAGGCCGAUGCUGCCCAUUGUGGCAAGGUUUAUAUCUGUACUGUUACCCACUGUAUCCCCACUGUAUUCUCCUCAAAACGAUAGACGUUUACUCUCCUUUCUUGCGUGUAAAGUAACUGUAAAGUAGUGCUUAAUGUGAAAAGAGCUUUGCUGGAGCAGCAUUGGAUAUGUAUUAACAGCGUCU